AUGGAUUGGUUGGUGCGGUAUGAGCUCAGCCCUCCCAUCCCGCACGAGAAACAGCAUCUCAAACAGAUUCUGACUGACAGACAAAAUGUGUAUGAGUGUUUGAUAUUUGCCGCACCCCUUGCCUGUGCCCCUCCGUCCCCCAAAAUCCCGAAUGAGACCCGAAGGACAGACACAUCCGGCGAUGCAUUCGUGAUCUUCGCGCUCGUCCUCAGGACAGGCGUUGGGCGGAGUGUCGACAUUACCGCAGUGGAUGUCACACGAAGACGGACAAAGCUUGUAGAUCUCAUCGGUCGGACAGCUCUCUGCUAUUCACAGAUAGUGGUCAACAGACUAGAGCUCAACAUAUUGUGGUCAGUAGUGGUGAUCACUUACAACAGCGAUGACUGGGAAUACACUUAUGUUCGUCGAUCGCAUUCUGUGGGACAUAUCAGUUGCGAGAAUGAGGGACAGGGGGUAUCAGUGGCCGACCCUUGGGUUCCGUUAGUUGUGCCAUUGAAUAUUCUUAAUAUUUAA